UUGUGGCCUCCAAUUUUUUUUAGUAAAUCCGUUUUUAAGCUACUCCAAGCACUGAUCUCUACUCCGACUGCAAAUAACAAGAACAGAGAUCGGAACAGUAAUAUACAGCAAACGCCUGAUCACUUGAACUCGUUAAACAAUCGCCCGGUGUCGGCACCACGUCCUUCACCUCAGGCGGGCACUGAUAUACCAGACUUAGCCGCUUUACAGGAACUAGCUAGACAACAGGAGGAAGCUCUACGACAAGCCGUGGAAAGGCAGCAGCAUGGUAAUAUAGAACGUAAGCAUUCUUGGCAAAACGAUUCUACUUCGAGAAGUAUGCAUUCAUCGGCUGGUUCACUUGUUAGUAGCAAAUCUGCGGAUAUGUCAACACUUCACAGGGUGAAUGCGAAUCCAGUAUCGGUAAGAGUGACUUAUAUAGACCCAGUUUUUUUCACUAAAUAUUCGUUGUUCUAA